AUGCAGACGAUGUUAUUAUGUGUGUUGUAGAGCGAAUGUAAACAAAAAAUCAAAUCUUGUCAUUUUGUCUGUAAAUCACGGUGGGUGCAGGCAUUUCCAUUAAGAUUUUAAUCCCACCGUCAGACGAGGAAGAAACAGAUACUGGAAAAUUGUUUAUUCAUUGUGAGGUGGAAUAGAAUGGAGGGUGCAACUUACCAGUGAUUUGAAGGUGAACCAAGAAGACCAACAUGCAUGAAAACAGACUGGGACAGGAGGGCAGACUGGGACAGAAGGGACUGGUCUUGGCAAUGCUGAUGCUCACACUUAAUUUGUGUGAUGCUUCCAUGAUCACUUCUAGGGAUGAAAUUCUCAUUGGUCACUGUGAUCCUCCCAAGAUACCCAAUGGUGCAGUUGUUCCUGUGCAACAUACAUAUCAGAUUGGGGCAACUGUGGAAGUUGUGUGUUCAGGAGGCUUUGUUCUACAGGAGGAGAACAGGCUACACUGCACUAGUGAUGGAACAUGGGCCACAGCCUCAGGAUAUGCUGCAAUCCUUGAAUGUGAAGCAAUAACCAUGCAUUGUGAACCUCCACUCAACAUUGAGCAUGGUUCUGUGCAGGUGUUAGAACGGGAGAAUCUGCUUCUUGGAUCCCAUCAGGAGAGCCUGAGUGAAGUAGAUCGGUUCCAGGAGGGAAGCGUUGCAGAAUAUUCUUGUGACUUAGGCUACUGGUUGCAUCCAUCAUCCCAUUCUAGGCAUAUAUGUCUCCGAGGCCUGUGGAUGGGGGAAGUUCCACGAUGUGUUAGUAAAGGUUGCAUGAGUCCAGAACCAGUGAUGAAUGGCUACUACCUUGAGGUCACAGGAUCGUCAGAUGUUCAGUACCCUCCUGGUGCAAGGCUCCAGUUUGUGUGCCAUGUAGGUUAUACCCUCCGUGGUGGAGAUCUGUUUGAUUGCAAUGAGACAGGUCAUUGGAUGCCCAGGACACAGCCUGUAUGCAAGCCAUCCCCUGAACUUAUUGGUUCUGUGUUAUGCCCAGUACCCCCAGAAGUUCUUCAUACUGGAAAGAAAAUUGUAGCAGGUGUCUUGACAGCAAAGGGAGCUAUACAUGGAACAUCUAUAGAAUAUAGAUGUCUGGCUGGUUAUAGGAAUGUGCUUGCUCCUUGUGUAACCCAUACACUAUCAUGUCAUGAGGGACAGUGGCAUGGGACCUCCCCAGAAUGUGAGGAAUUCACCAGCUGUGUGGCUCCACCAAAUAUAGCACAUGGUUACAUGUCAGACAGUGCUUCAUCAUAUGCUCUACAAUCUCAGGUGUACUAUGAUUGUGAACUCGGAUACCGACUUGUUGGCCCUUCAGUAUUGACCUGUGAAGAAACUGGUUGUUGGACUCCAAGGAUGCCUCCUGUCUGCCAACUUAGCCAUCAGUUUGAAGAUGAAAUACGUAAUGAAACUACUGUUCUAGACAUGCACACCAUUCUUGUGGCUACAACUGGAAGUGUCAUUGGGAUUCUGCUUAUUGUAUUGGCUCUGAUAUUAUAUCAGCGGGCAGUCAGUCCGAAAUUAGUACGUCUUCACAACAGUGGAAGUGGAGGAGAAUUACCGCCACCCCCGCAUAACUGCCCCCCCAACUCCUCCCAGACUCAGCAGGAACAUGACCCUGACAGGGUAGCUCUCAUUCCAUUCCCAGAUGAG